AUGAAUUGGAGAUAUACAAUCCCAGUGCUUGCUCUUCUUGCAGCUCCAGGAAUCAGUUGGCCUUACGACGAGACUCUCACUUCUUAUAACAUCAAUGAGAAUCAAACAGCAACCAACCCUUUGGACUACUGGGGAGAAUGGCCGGACCACACCUACUUUCCUUCUCCAGAAAAUUGGCGUUUUCCUGUAUAUACGCUUUUCCUUGACCGAUUUGUGAAUGGCGAUCCAACAAACGACAAUAUAAAUGGGACACUCUUUGAACAUGAUAUUAAUUCAAAUCAAAUGCGACAUGGAGGUGAUGUGGCUGGCCUGCUGGACACUUUGGACUAUUUACAAGGAAUGGGCAUCAAGGGACUCUACCUUGCAGGUUUGGUAUUGAUGAACCAGCCAUGGGGAUCUGAUGGCUACUCGGCGCUUGACACAACUUUACUCGACCAGCAUUUUGGGACAAUUCAAACAUGGAGAGCAGCUAUUACGGAGAUUCACAACCGCGGCAUGUAUGUUAUUUUUGACAACACUGUCUCAACCAUGGGAGACCUCAUUGGAUUUGAAGGGUACAUGAACACAACCACCCCAUUUUCAGUCAAAGAGCACAGGGCUUCCUGGAAAUCGAAUCGUCAAUAUGUUGACUUCCGGUAUGGCAACACUUACAACGAUACAUGUGAAUAUCCUCGCUUCUGGAAUGAGACCGGAUACCCCGUGGAUGAGUAUGUCGAUUACGAGCUACGCGGGUGCUACGAUAGUGAUUUUGAUCAAUAUGGUGAUAUCGAGGCUUUCGGAGUCUACCCUGACUGGAAACGAGAGCUCGCUAAAUUUGCUUCCGUGCAAGAUCGGUUGCGUGAAUGGGUGCCUAGCGUCAGAGAGAGACUUAUUCGUCAUUCGUGUAUGAUCAUCGCAUCUUUUGACAUUGACGGCUUUCGCUACGACAAAGCUACACAAGCCACCGUCGAUGCUCUUGGGGAUAUCUCCGGGGCGUAUCGAGACUGUGCUCGCCGCGUGGGAAAAGACAACUUUUUCCUUCCGGGUGAGAUUACAAGCGGAAACACUCUUGGCUCUAUCUUUCACGGGCGAGGACGUCAGCCCGAUAUGCAGUCCCAAUCGCUCGAGGAGGCGUUUAUGAUGACGAAUUCAUCUGAUCCAGAUUACUUUAUUCGUGACCAGAACAAGCAGGCGACCGAUGCUGCUGCAUUUCACUACUCCAUCUAUCGCUCUCUCACUCGGUUCUUGGGUAUGGAUGGUAACUUGGCUGCUGGAUACGACAUUCCAGUCAAUUGGACGGAGGCCUGGUAUCAAAUGGUCCUCACCAAUGACCUGGUCAAUGCCAACACUGGCAAAUUUGAUCCUCGCCAUAUGUAUGGAGCGACAAACCAGGAUGUGUUCCGAUGGCCAGCCGUUGAAUAUGGCAUUGAAAGGCAACUUCUGGCUCUUUUUAUCACAACACUGCACAUGCCCGGCAUUCCUAUGCUUCUAUGGGGCGAGGAACAAGCAUUCUAUAUUUUAGAUGCUUCAGCUGCUAACUAUAUCUAUGGCCGCCAAGCUAUGUCUCCUGCCACAGCUUGGAAAAAUCACGGAUGCUUCCAGUUGAAUUCAACUCAAUAUUUCCAGUGGCCUAUCAAGUCAGGACGCUUGGGAUGCCACGAUGAGACAGUGACAUAUGACCACCGUGAUCCCGCUCAUCCCAUCCGGAAUAUUAUCAAACACAUGUAUCAAAUGCGACAGGACUUUGGUGCUCUCAAUGACGGAUGGUGGAUUCAGCAACUCUCAAACCAAACCCACAACAUAUAUCUCCCGGGCUCUAACGGAGUCCCCACGGAAACUGGGAUGUGGUCUGUCUUGCGCAGUCCAUAUUACCAACUGCAGGAUCUGGGAGACAUGGGCAACCAAACGGUCUGGUUUGUAUACCAGAAUGACAAUCGAACGGUGAACUAUGAAUUCGACUGUUCUGACCCAGAUGUGGCAUUAAUUGCUCCAUUCGACAUAAACACCACGGUGAAGAAUCUGUUCUAUCCCCACGAUGAGUUGACAUUGCAAGAGGGUCCAGUCAAACUUGCUUUGAAUGGCUCCGACAAGAACAAUGGUUGUCUUAACAGUAUGAAGCUCCAACCAUACGAAUUUAGAGCCUAUAUCCCCAAAGAUAAAUUCGUCCCUCCUCGCCCUAUGAUAACGAAGUUCUUACCUGGUCACGAUGCUCCAUUGCUAUCUGCUGUCGCACUGAAUGAAAUUGAAUCAGUGGAUAUCGGUCUCUUCUUUUCCACAGAGAUGAAUUGCUCUGUGGUAACUGAGUCAAUAUCAAUCGAAUCGUCGACUGAAAGUGGAGAAUCGCCUUCUGUGGACCCUGACAGUGUCAGUUGUGGAACUAUCGACCCAGAGAGUACAUCUUGGACCGGCCAAAUCCCAUCUACCUGGUCUUGGACAGCUACUCUGACCGGUGUCUACAAUGGCGUGCACAAAUUGACGGUGAACAAUGCGACAAGUACUGACGGAAGAACAACGAACGCCAUCGACCAUUUCCUGAUCCGAGUCGGACAGUAUGAUAAUCCCAUGAUCUUUGCCGCAGCAAAUUACUCCAGCAGCUUGCUUCACGGGCGCGAUGAUGGUACUCUUUUCAUUGCACAACAUGCAGCAGGAGCAGACAAAUAUCGGUACUCCACCAACUGGGGCAGUACUUUCACUGAAUGGCUCCCAUACAAGGGAGGAAAUCACAGCAUUAAAGAACUGCCUUGGUCUGGAACGAAGAAACAGAGAUGGAAUGGGAAACAUAUUCGGGUUGAAUACUGGAGUCGCCUCACAGGGAGUAGCGACUACGUCCAAGAGGGCGACGGACCAGGCUGGAGGCCUGCUAUCAGGCGUCGCUUCCCUCAUCUAUUUUUCAAUGGUCCUUUCAAUAGGUUCGGAUAUGAUGCCGGCCUAGAUAACGUCGUUAAACAAGAUACCGACGGCCUCUGGAAAUUCCGCUUUCUAGCUGAAUGGCCUGCCCAGGGUCAGUUGAAUGUCUGGGGUAUGAAUCCCGAUCAUCAACCGGACCAAAGCUACAUCUACGGAGAUUCAGACGGAGACUCCAUACUAGACCGUCUACCACCCUCUUCGCUCAGUGUGACCACCAUAAACAUCACUCAGCAUCCACCGAACCCGCAUGUCGCUUGGAGGAUUCAACUCGAUGACUCAAAUUUGCAAUUUAAGCUUGUCCCUACAGGCUCCAAAUACGUUCAAAUGGCUCUCUUUUUCAUUCUUUGGAUUGUUCCCAUCAUUACAGCCUCAGCCUGCGCCUACGUGUUCAUAAAAACAUUCUACCGAAUCAAGUUCAACCAAAUCGGUGUUAGUGAGAAAAAGACGCUCAUUUCAAUGCAUUUCAUCAAUCAAUUCAAGACCGGUCAUGUGGAAGAUGGACAGUCCAGAAACCCCUUCAGACGCCGUACAAGCAAGUCAAAAUUUCUGCAAAGCACAUCUGCUUUUGGCAAUCGGACUACCCGCCGACGAAAGGUCCUCAUUGCAACCAUGGAAUAUGAGAUCGACGACUGGGCUAUCAAGAUAAAAAUUGGUGGCUUGGGUGUUAUGGCGCAGUUGAUGGGCAAACAGCUCGGACAUCAAGAACUUGUCUGGGUUGUUCCCUGUGUCGGUGGAGUGAAGUAUCCCGUUGAUAAACAAGCAGAUUCAAUGUUUGUCAUAAUCUUAGGGAAUUCGUACGAAAUCAAGAUUCAGUACCACCAGCUGAGGAACAUCACAUAUGUUUUGCUAGAUGCCCCCGUUUUCCGCCAGCAAUCUGCCACGGAGCCCUACCCUGCCCGAAUGGACGACCUCGACAGCGCCAUCUACUACUCUGCCUGGAACCAAUGCAUUGCACAGGCACUGAAACGCUUCCCCGUUGAUAUGUACCACGUCAAUGACUAUCACGGCUCAGUGGCUCCGUUAUAUCUUUUGCCUCAGACUAUUCCUAUUUGCUUAUCACUUCACAACGCCGAAUUUCAAGGCCUAUGGCCUAUGCGGACACAGAAAGAGAAAACCGAAGUCUGUUCUGUCUUCAACCUUAAUUUGGACGUUGUAACACGCUAUGUUCAGUUCGGCGAAAUCUUCAAUCUUCUUCAUGCCGGUGCGAGCUAUCUUCGUCUUCAUCAACAAGGCUUCGGUGCUGUUGGUGUGUCAAAAAAGUAUGGCAAGCGGUCGUAUGCUCGAUAUCCAAUUUUUUGGGGCUUAAGAAAAGUUGGACACCUACCGAAUCCCGACCCCUCCGAUACAGGCGAGUGGAAUAAAUCCUUGCCUAAGGAGAGCGAUGUUUAUAUCGACAAGGACUUCGAGAUUCGUAGAGCAGGGCUAAAGCUUCAAGCUCAAGAAUGGGCUGGUCUCAAGCAAAGAGCCGACGCUGAGCUAUUAGUCUUUGUUGGAAGAUGGUCUAUGCAAAAAGGUAUCGACUUGAUCGCGGAUGUCUUACCUGGCGUGUUAGAGAGUCGAGAAAAUGUCCAGCUAAUUUGCAUCGGACCCCUCAUUGAUCUAUAUGGCAAAUUCGCCGCGUUGAAACUGGACCGAAUGAUGAAGCUUUACCCUGGCCGGGUGUGCUCCAAACCUCAUUUCACGGUCCUACCACACUUUAUCUUCUCUGGCGCAGAUUUUGCCCUGAUUCCGUCACGCGAUGAACCCUUUGGCCUGGUCGCUGUCGAAUUUGGUCGCAAGGGUGCCCUUGGCAUUGGGGCGAGAGUAGGGGGACUUGGACAGAUGCCUGGCUGGUGGUAUACGGUUGAGUCCACGACUACCUCCCACCUGUUAAAGCAGUUCAAAUUGGCCAUCGACAGUGCGUUAAACUCCAAGUACGAGGUGAGGGCGAUGAUGCGCGCAAGGUCUGCCAAGCAACGAUUCCCAGUCGCCCAGUGGGUCGAAGAUCUUGAGAUCUUACAGUCCACAUCGAUUCGAGUCCAUCAAAAGGAGCGAACUAAGUCACAUAGCCACUCUGCCGCUGCUGGUGCAUAUAAUGCCAUCUAUGGUAUGAUGACGCCGCAGGCUGCAUCAACAAGAUCGGGCGCAUCCACACCCCCAUUACAACCCUCAAGUCGCCCGGGUACUACGGGAUCAAUACAACGAAGUUCUAUAAUAUACAGUCAUGAAGCAAGCCCUGGGUUUGAGGAGAGACCUAGGUCGGGACUCAGUCGCCAGAUGUCUUUUACUCUUCGGCCGGUAUCUGGCACCGUGGAGCCUCGUAGUCGACGAGAGCUCGGGAAAGGAAGUGAUGACAGUGUCGGUAGAGCCUCUCCAGAGGCCGAAGAAGAUAGCGACGAUGAAAUGAUGGCCACUUGCUACGGCGAUGAUGAUUAUUCUAUGUCACCUGAAGGGGCAGUCUCAGGGAGAGCGCAAAUUCCCCAGCCUGCAGGUGUGGCCCUCACCAAAGAGGCUCUCUCGGCCCAACGCGCGAGUCAAAACUCCCUGUUGGCUCGAUGCACCAAUACGCCCUGUAGUUCAGCGGCGCCGAGUACUGUCGGGACAGAUGAAACCCUUGCUCCUCCAUCUCGCCCAUGGGCAGAGCCAGCAAACCGUCUCAGUAAUGCCUCAGUAUUGUCUGUCGAUUCGGUUGUUGGAGAAAAGAAAGACUUCAAACUUCAAAAAGUCGACCCAUUCUUCACCGACAGCAGUGGCGAGUACUAUAGGGUCUUUGAGAAAAAACUCGAGGAACUCAAUGGAGCGAACUCAGACACCCAACUAUGCAUUGAGAAAUACCUCGAGAAAAGCGAAAAAAAAUGGUUCAACAAAUUCCGUGAUGCACGCCUUGGCCUCAAUCAAGGAUCCCCAGCUGGCUCAGUGCAUCAGGGCAAACAAGGAACAUCCCCGGCUGGAUCAAUUACCAACGACGACGCGACAUCCCAUGAAAGUGGUGAGCGCGAGAGAAAAGAUGCCCAGCCGGACGAGUUCCUGCUUGGUGAUGACUACGUGCCACCCACCGGGUUGAAGAAAUGGAUGCAAAUGCGCAUCGGAGACUGGCCGGUGUAUUCUCUCUUCCUCGGACUAGGCCAGAUCAUUGCUGCAAAUUCCUACCAGAUUACCCUUCUCGCCGGAGAGGUCGGUCAGACCGCUACGAAACUAUACGGAAUCGCGACAGUCUACCUUGUCACAUCUGUUCUAUGGUGGCUUUUCUUUCGAUACUGCAAAUCGGUGCUCGUUCUGAGUGUGCCAUGGUUCCUAUACGGAAUGGCUUUUUUGAUCAUCGGAAUGGCACACUUUGAGCCCAAUCCACACACUCGCGGAUGGAUUCAAAACGUUGGAAGUAGUAUGUAUGCUGCUGCAUCAUCGAGCGGUUCUAUCUUCUUUGCCCUCAAUUUUGGCGAUGAAAGUGGUGCACCGGUCAAGCAGUGGGUGUUCCGUGCUUGUCUUAUACAGGGCACGCAGCAAGUCUAUGUCAUUGCUCUUUGGUACUGGGGUUCGACUUUGACUAAAGCUACCAAUGCGGGAAUUAUGGAUGUGCAGGCCAGAAUCACUAACACCUGGCGGAUGACAGCAAUAUGUGCACCAAUCACCCUUCUUCUGUGGGCAAUUGGCUUCAUCGUCUAUUUCGGCUUGCCCAACUACUAUCGCCAAACUCCUGGCAAAGUUCCCUCAUUCUACAAAUCCGUCUUCCGGCGCAAGAUUGUACUUUGGAACUGGGUGGUCGUCAUUAUCCAAAACUUCUUUUUGAGUGCCCCAUAUGGUCGAAACUGGAAUUUCCUCUGGAUUAGCCAGCACGCCAGCUCAUGGCAAAUCCUACUUCUCUGUGUUGCAUUCUUUGGCUUUGCCUGGAUAGCAAUUCUCUUCCUACUGGCUCGACUAUCCAAGUCCCAUAGUUGGAUCCUUCCAGUUCUCGCAUGUGGUCUGGGAGCUCCACGUUGGGCCCAAAUCUGGUGGGGUACAUCUGGUUCAGGCCUGUUCCUUCCCUGGGCUGGAAGUUAUACCUCGGGAGCUCUUAUAUCCCGCAGUCUUUGGCUCUGGCUUGGGGUCUUGGAUGCAUUACAAGGUCUCGGGUUUGGGAUGAUUCUGCUGCAAACACUGACACGUAUGCAUAUCUGCUUCACCCUUCUGGCGGCACAGGUCCUGGGCUCUCUGGCGACUAUUUGCGCAAGAGCCUUUGCACCAAACAACAUUGGACCAGGGCCUAUCUCGCCGGAUAUCACGGCUGGUGUGGGGGCGUUGGCUAACGCUUGGUUUUGGGUUGCUCUUUUAUUGCAGCUCUCGAUCUGUGGUGGCUUUCUUCUUUUCUUCCGAAGGGAGCAAUUAUCGAAGCCCUGA